AUGAUGGAUGUGGACCAGCCGGUUUCAUCCACAACCGAAGCAGAAUCUUCGCCAGAAGCACAGGAAACAGCUCCGGAACAGUCCCCCGGGAUGAUCGUUCGAGAAAAUGACGAUUUGCCAGCUUUGCUCAUAAGCGACAGCGAAGAGGAUGAAGCCCCCAAGGCUGCGGCCGUGGAAAAAAAGACGGAAGACAUUUCGGGUAUAUCACCGAUCGAGACAACGGUCCCGAACACAAAUGACAAAUGUGAUGAUACGGGAAAUGAAACAACGAUAUGUUCGACAUUAACAACGCAAGAAACAUCUAUCCUGUCCGCUGUAGAUGGGGAAGAGAUCUCGCUGGUGGAAAACAUCGAUUUGACAGGUGUGUCCAGUGCGGAAGAUUCAGGUGUUAAUGAGCCAAGCAGCGAAAGAACGACAACCCCGUCAAUAGUGAAAACACCGGUACAAACUAAACCUAGUUCCGAAAUGACGGCUCAGGAACUGCUAGAAUCGUUGCUUGAGGCUCAGGAGGAAGCGUUUGCAUCGCAAAGAGCAUCAUCGAACGCGGAAAAAGAACUAGUGGAAGCAACACUGCAGUCUAAAACAGCGGAUAACGUGUUGAGUGCUUCAGAAACGGGAAAGAUCACAGACAGCAACCACGAUUGUACGGUAGGAGAGACUGUGACAAAACCAGCAGUUCAGGAUGCCGCUAAUCAAGAUGAAGACGGGUCGAAAAUGGACACAAUUGUGGUGGAUGAUGAAUGUUUGCUCGAAGAAAUGGAUAAUGCACCAGAAACGCAACAGGAGAUGGACAUCGAUGAAGAUCGAGCUGGAUCUAACAACUCUCCGUGUAGUGAUAAUGGUAGCGCUGCUAACCACAAUUCGGAUGAUGCAGAACAAGCAAGUACGAUGAAAAAAAAUGAUGUUACGACAGUUUCAGAAAAAAUAGACGACAAAAAGUGUGAUGACACGUUACAAUGUGCAGAGCCGCCGAGAAAACGAGCUCGAUCGAUGGCAACUGAUCCGGAACCGGAGUUGAAAAUUGCAACAACUGAAUGCACGUUUCACGGUAUAGAGAACGAUACCGUACAAAACGGAAAGUCAUCUGAAGAACCUGGUAAUAAAACAGACCGAUUGGACUUACGUUCAGAAAUCAAGACAAACUUGUCAGCAGCUGAGCCGGAGUCGGCACCUACUUUCUUUGACGACAAAUCGCAAACUGACAUCACGGUAGGUAGGAGUGACACAUCGAAUAACAGCAAUGGCGUGCUAGAUGGUGUUACACAAAAUAAAAAGUCCAUCGCAGAAGGCGGUCAGAAAAAUGUUCAUGCCAUAGAAACCUCGGUAUAUCCUGAAGUGUUGGUGAUAGAUGACGACGAAGACGAGGCGGAAGAGACUAGUAACAAAGAAGCAGAUAUAAACGAUAAAAAAUCAGACGUACCGACAGAAAAUAACUUCCAAACGGAUCAAAAUAGCGAUACGUCCGUCAAGAGUGCAGAUGUUGAUCGAAAGUCUGCUGCCUCUGUCUUAGCAGAAAAGAUGGAAACCACGCCAACAGCCUCUUCCUCAGUAGGUAACAUGGAAAGUAAGCCACCGGCGAUGGAGUUCUUGCGACGGUUUAACAAACCGAUAUCACUGAUGACUCGAUCAGAUUUGGAACAGUUGGUUUUGCAAAAAAUAAGUGAAGUCAUAGUUCAUCAGGGGGAAAACGCAGAAUUACGCAAGAUCAUUAAGAGACAGUCUGCAAAGCUGCAAGGAUACGAGCGUACCAUAUUCGAUAUGUCCAACCACUACGACGGUUUGAAGUUAGUCGCCGAAAGAGCUGUAGAGGAUAUGAAGAAGCGCGCCAAAUGUUUUGUUGCGCCGGUGAAAAUAACUCGCGCUGUUGGAUUGCAGGUAUCCAGACCCACAAUGGAAAUGGCACAUUCAAGCAAACAAUCGUCGACCAUCUCAAAAAAUGUGACCGAAAAACAGAAGAAUCCACCCGUUACGGGGACAGUUGCGACGAAUGGAAUCGUUGAGAACAGGACCCAGGGUAGUAAAGCAAACGAACUGGCGAACAAAACUUCUCAGCAGACUGCAGGACCGUCUUCCAGUGGACAGCAAAACACAUCAGCAAAUGUAAUUCGUUCACAGCUUUCAAAUAAUGUAUCUCCCAUGGCUUCGGCGCGCAUCACUCCGAACAGUCCUAUGACCAACGGCAUGAUACGAAGCAUGAAUUCUCAGGUUGGUAAGCAUGGCAACAACCUUGCAACGGCCAGCGUAAAUACUACGGUAGGCAAUACAGUAAAAAUGGCACCAGCACUUAACAACGAAGGUGCUGGUGUGUCUAUUGCCAACACUGCCAGAUUUACCAGUGCAUCGCCAAACACUGGUCCGGUAGCUAUCAGGACUGCGGGUGGGAUUGAUAGUACCGUUCGCAAAAAGUUUCAUAAAUUCACUCCUAAACGACCCCCUUUGUCCCCGUAUCAACAGGCACAGCAAGAGAAACAGGUUAGGCAGCAGCAGGAACUGUUAGUACAGCAGAUUCACGAACAAAGUCAGCAAGCACAACGAAAAGCUCAAAUGAAUGUUCGUACAGACCUGUUGACGUUAGAAAAUUCCGCAGCCUUAGCGGCACAGGAUGCUACCGCUCGGCAAAGAGCUAUUGAUCUUGUAAAUCAACAGGGCCGUCCGUUGAAUGCUAACGUUCAAAUAUCAGUAUCACAGAAUUAUCAGGUUGUUCCGUCGGGAGGCACGCGAGCUACAUCUACCAUGACAAACUCGACCACGAUACAGUUGACUGAGGUUAAAUCAAACUCUUCACUGGCGACAACGGUGACUGCAAACGAUUCUUUAAUCGAUUUAACUGAUGAAGACGACAUCACUGCUGGUAAGGAAGGUGGCCUUCGUUCAUCCAUACUCGUGAAACGGGUGAAACCUUCACACAGUGGUUCAUUUACAGCAACACCAUCCAACCCAGCCAAUACUCCGGGUAUGCAGAUUGCUUCUAACCAGUUUAUACGUCUUCAACCGAGGAUAAACAUAGUAAACGGCAGUGAGAUUGCUUCUACUGUCGUUAGCAGUACUGCAGCUGGAGAUAUAAAUCAAUUUAACAACGCUGUAGUUCGAGCACCACUAAAUGUGAAUCGUAACAACAAUCCGCUCCAACCUUUGCGUCAUCCCAUCUACAAUAGUAAUUUGGCACGUUCUCCGGCUCCAUCACCAGAUGCGUUAAGAAAACGUGUAGUAAUCAAACCACUGCUGGCACCGCUUCCGCCCCCAGGACCACAGCCCAGCGAUCCGACUUGGAAACUGUCACCUCCCCAGCCAUCGAUAUGCGUGAACAACGUAAAAGCUGGCAUAGUAAUUUCAUGGACAAUGCCAUCGCUUACGGAUCUUCAUGCUGAUAUUGAAACGUAUCAAAUUUACGCAUAUCAGGAGUUGUCCAUCCCUACGUCUCCGGAAGAAUGGCGUCAUGUUGGAGAUGUGAAAGCGUUGCUUCUGCCGAUGGCUGUUACUCUGACGCAGUUCCAAGAAGGUCAAAGGUAUUAUUUCGCAGUGCGGGCAAUCGACGUACACAAACGAGUCGGAAAGUUUUGUGAGCCGCGCACCUGGAACGAGACCAACGUGUCUAAUGUUUGA